AUGACCAAGUAUGACAUCCACGAUAUCCUUGACCUCCCAGUAGAUGGUGAGCCACUUGUGUCUGAUCCUGAGUCUGGCCGUGAUUUUAUCCUGUCUCACUUCAAUGUUUCUAGUAUUCCUCCUGUCUCUUUCUUCGCCAACAAGCUUAAAUCCAUCGAAAUCGAGUUGUCUGAUGAAGACAUUUUCAUUUGCUUUAUGAUUGUUGUGUUGUUCUCAUUCCUUUGUCCCAACUCUAGCCUCAGUCCUAGCCCGAAGUACCUGCAUAUUUUCAGGGAUUGUUCUUCUGUGCGACACUAUGAUCUGUCCAGAUAUGUUUAUGAGUGGUUGUUGAGCAGCAUCAAAAAGUUCAAGAGUUCCACUAAAGUUUCUUCUAAAAGAUCAGUGAUGUUUGGUGGUUGUCACUACGCUUUUGCUGUUUGUUACCUUGACCAACUUAAUUUCGGUCUCCAUUCUGUCCCUGAUGUCAAGCCCCAGAUUCUAGCAUGGAGAGGUAACAAAGUUAAGCAAUUUUUAGAGCUUGACAGAAACAAUAGUCGCUCUUAUGGCAAGAGGCCUCUAAAGCAGUUGUGUGCUCCAGUUAAUCCGCAGUCUAUCGAGAAAUCUUCAGCAAACAAAGAUGGUGAUGUUCCCCUUUGCAAUGACAUGCUUUUUGGAAUGAAUGUGCAGAAAUCCUUCGGUGCUCGUUUUGGGUUUGAGGCUGCUCAAGUAGUCAUAGACUUUGUUCAAUCUAGGAACAAAGACAAGCCCAAGCUAUUUGUAGAAUGGUCACAGUCCCUUGUAAUUGAUGUUCUAGAAUGCUUAUCACUCUCUACUCUAAAUGCCAAAUAUGUCCUGACACCUAAAGUUUAUUCAAGUGAGGGUCAUUCUCUCAACAAGUUCUCUUUUGAAAUCAUUUUGAAUGAAGCUUCUCCUUUUGUUUCUGGUGUUGUUAGUGUUGGGGGUUUUCAUAACCCAGUAGUUUUAUCUAGUUCAUCUCCAGCUCCUAAAGUGUGUGAUGAGGGCGUGGUAAAUGAGGCAGAUGUUGAAGCUGCAAUUCCAGUGGCGGAUUUAUCUUCUGUAAAAAGUCAUUCUCAUUCUAUAGGUAUUUCCCCUUCAACGACGCAGUGUGCAAUUCCUGUUGUUGGUUCUACUUUGAGGCCCUCAGCUGGUCUUAUUAAGAAAUGCGAACCCAAGGUCGAUGAUAAUGGUUUUCCAAGACCCACUUUUGCUCAGUUAAAUCGCACUCUUGGUGUUCAAUCUAAUGGCGAUGUUACCAAUGGUGAGCCCAAUGAUAAAGAGGUCGAUAAUUCUUUUGGAGAACUCUCCCCUCUGGUUCCUAUUCGCUUGUCGCAGCGUUUCCAUAAUGCGCUAGGUGAUGUUGAGUGCUCUCAGUAUGUUGUUGAAAGAUAUAUGAAUUCGCUGGAUCCUCGUAAUGAUGAGGAUUGCGUUGAAAUGGCCGCUUUGCCUAAUUCUGAAGUUUCCAAGUCAACUCACUGCUCAAGCCACCCUACUAAUGAGGUUAAAGAACUACAAGACGACAUUCAAAUUGUAGGCACUUCUAGUUUUGCUGCUAGGUGUCAACAGCUUUCAAGAUCUAAUGAUGUUGCUUACAACAAGCUCAAGAACUUUAUAGCACCUCAAUCAACUAGUUGUAAUCCUAGGAAGCAUCAAGCUAUUUCUAGCCCAGAAGUGGAGAUCUUGUCAUCCGGGAGUGCCCCUAUACCUCCUUCAGCUGCUCCUGUUCCUAAAGCUCAUGCACAAUCUUCCAUUGUUCCUAGUGGUUCAUCUCAUGGUCAUGUACCUCGGAGGAUUGUUGUUCCUGGUAGAUAUACCUCAGAUCCAUAUGUUGCUCAGGGUAAUAAGUUUCCUGUUACUAAUCAAGAAAGGCGUCACCACCUUGUAAUGGUGGAAAUAGGAACGCAUGAAACUUGGUGCAAGUAUGAAGCAAUUCGAUAUGACCGAGCUUACUGUAGCUACCGAAAUCUUGAACCUUGAAGUCUAAAGAAGAUGUGGAUAAUUUCUUGAUUCUGUGUGUCUGUCGUUAUCUUUUCAAACAAUCUCAUCCAUCAGCUUCAAAGAAGCACUUCUUUUUCUCUUACAUUGGGGUAAGUUGUAUCUAUGUUAUCUUUUUUCUUAUUCGUCCUUAUUCGUCCUUACAUUGGGGUAAUUGUUGUCUUUUGUUUUUUGAGGAAACCAUUUUGAGUGGUGUUAAUGUUGAGAUUGUAGCUAAUGCAUUUCAUGGUGCAAAUAGUGCUUUUGCAAUGUGGAGAAGUAAUCUGCUUUUUUUCCUGUUGUUCGGGAUCAGCACUGGUUUACUUUCGUUGUUUGCUUGAAGGAGAGGGCAUUCGCAUUUCUUGAUUCUGCUUAUGGGCCAAAGUCUCAUUUUCACAAGGAAGUUCGUGAUGCAAUGAUUGAAAAUUUCAUAAGCAUCUGGGAUCAGGUUGUGACUCCUGUCAUGCGCACUCGUAUUGACUUUGAAAAUUUUGAUAUUGUGUACCCUAGUGUACCUAAGCAAGAUAAUCGCCAUGAUUGUGGUGUUUUCUCUAUCAUGUAUCUGAAGUAUUGGACUCCCAGGACCCCAAUUGGAAAUAUGUUUGGUCCUGCCGAUAUCGACAACAUAAGAAUCAGAUUGGCUAAUGAGUUGUAUUUCAGUACAUUCAACAGCGUUGACAAGACUUUUGUUACAGACUUCUUUGGUGAUGUCAAGGCUUAGAGUUUCUGGGAGAUGCACUGGAAGAUCGAAGGCUCUGCUUAGUUUUGAGCUAUAUAUAUUGUUUCUGGACAUUUUUAUAGAUUGUAAUACUGCUUUUGCGGCCAUCUUGUUGUUGAUGGUUUUGUGAAAUGUUUUCCGUUGGUUUGUAAGCCGACAAUAUAGUAGUCCCGAAACAGUGACUCUUUUGUAAUAGUAUGCGAUGUUAUGUUUUUCUGUC